AGGCAUGAUAGAAAACCUGAAUUUUUGUCUCCAGGCCGCAGCCUCAAACAAGCCGAGGUGUUCGACAAUGUCGUCGGCGGCACCGACAAACUCCGGUGACCGCACUACACGAGGACGGCCGCGCCCGCACGUCGUCCUCCUACCCAGCGCCGGCAUGGGCCACCUGGUUCCCUUCACCCGCCUCGCGACCGCGCUGUGCUCCGGCCACGGCUGCGACGUGUCCAUCGUCACGGCCCUGCCCACCGUGUCGUCGGCGGAGGCACGCCACCUCGCGGCGCUCUUCGCCGCCUUCCCCACCGUCGGACGGCUCGCGCUCCAUCUUUCGGCGUUCGACUUGCCGGAGUUCCCCGGCGCCGACCCGUUCUACGUCCGUUACGAGGCCAUCCGCCGGUCCGCCGCGCACCUCCUGGCGCCACUCCUCGCCGGCGCGUCGCCGUCGGCGCUCGUCGCUGACAUCGCCGUGGCCUCCGUGGUGAUACCGGUGGCGAAGGAGCUCCGCCUCCCGUGCUACGUCUUCUUCACCGCCUCUGCCACGAUGUUCGCCCUCCUCGCCUACCUGCCCACCUACGUCGACGCUAACGGCGGCGGCGGCCACGCUAUCGGCGACGUCGACGUCCCCGGCGUGUGCCGCGUUCCCAUGUCAUCCGUCCCUCAGGCGCUGCACGACCCCGACGACAUCUUCACCCGGCAGUUCAUCACCAACGGGCGAAGCCUCGCGGGAGCAGACGGGCUCCUCGUCAACGCGUUCGACGCCUUGGAGCCGGAGGCUGUCGCGGCGCUGCGGCAAGGCACCGUCGUCGCUGGGUUGCCGCCGGUGUUCGCCGUGGGGCCACUCAGCCCGGCGAGCUUCCCGGCGAAAGAUUCAGGCAACUACUUCCCAUGGCUCGACGCGCAGCCGGAGCGGUCGGUGGUGUACGUCAGCUUCGGCAGUCGCAAGGCCUUGCCGAGGAACCAGCUGAGCGAGCUCGCCGCCGGACUAGAAGCAAGCGGCCGCCGUUUCUUGUGGGUGGUGAAGGGCACCGCCGUGGACAGAGACGACGCCGGCGAGCUCAGCGACCUGGUCGGAGAAGGCUUCUUGCAGCGCGUGCACGGCCGUGGCCUCGUGACCAUGGCGUGGGUACGUCAAGAAGAGAUCCUGAAGCACCCGGCCGUCGGGCUAUUCGUAAGCCACUGCGGGUGGAAUUCCGUGACGGAGGCCGCCGCGGGCGGCGUGCCGGUGAUGGCGUGGCCGUGGUUCGCCGACCAGCGGGUGAACGCCGGCGUGGUGGCGCGCGCCGGGCUCGGCGCCUGGGUGGAGGGGUGGAGCUGGGAGGGGGAGGAGGGGGUGGUGCGCGCGGAGGACAUCGCGGAGAAGGUGACGUCGGUGAUGGCUGACGAGGCGGUGAGGGACACGGCGGCGAGCGUCCGUGAGGCGGCGGCGAGGGCGGUGGCUGUUGGCGGGACGAGCUACCGGAGCUUGGCGGAGUUCGUGCGGCGGUGCAGCAGUGGAAGUGUUAGGAAUGAGGCCUGAGAGAAGAGAGAUUCAA